AUGGGAAAAACAAGCUUAGUUCUGUUGCUUUGUCUCAUGAUUAUUGCUAUGCCAAUAGCUCAAGGGGUUGAAUUAGGACCCAAUGCUGUUGAAAAUUGGUUCAAGAAGCUUCCCCAUGCAAAACAAAAGGUCACCAAAUUUCAUUUCUAUUUUCACGACAUAGUAACAGGAAAAAAUCCAACUGCAAUUACAAUAGCCCAGUCCAACAUGACUGCCAAAUCCCCAACUUUCUUUGGGUCUGUUGCAAUGAUUGACGACCCACUAACAAUUGGGCCAGAGCCCAAUUCAACUAUAAUGGGCCGGGCCCAGGGGAUGUAUGGUUCAGCUGAUCAAAAUGAGGCUGGCCUUCUUAUGACCAUGAACUUUGUGUUCACAACUGGUAAGUACAAUGGUAGCACACUUAGUGUUCUUGGCAGGAACCCUGUAUUUAACCAGUAUCGUGAGAUGCCGAUCGUUGGCGGUUCUGGAAUAUUCCGGUUGGCUCAGGGUAUCGCCACCGCGAAGACGUAUUGGUUUAAUACAACCAGUGGGGAUGCUAUUGUUGAGUAUAAUGUUAUGGUCCUGCAUUAUACACAUUAA